AUGUGGCACGCUUUAGCUGCCAUAUUCUUUUUCGCGCUGCCUUCUCUUCAGAGCGCAGUACCGAAGAAAUUCGCACCGCUUAAAUUCGCCAAGGAUGGUACCUUUCAGAUCUCCAUUCUAGAAGAUCUUCACUUCGGAGAAAAUGCGUGGGACACAUGGGGUCCCGAGCAGGACGUCAACUCCGUGACUGUAAUCAACAGAGUUCUCGACACCGAAUCUCCAGACCUCGUCGUACUCAACGGGGAUCUGAUUACCGGGAACAACGCAUUUCUGGAAAACAGCACGGUUUACAUCGACGAGAUCGUCGGCCCGCUGGUUGAUCGCGGCCUGACUUGGGCUUCCACGUACGGGAAUCACGAUAGUGCAUACAACCUAUCCCGCGAGGCGAUGCUAGCGCGGGAACACCGCUGGCCAAAUUCACGCACCGAGCAAAUGGUCUUCGGUCGCGAGGCAGGCGUGUCGAAUUACUAUCUUCCUGUAUACGGUAGCGAUGAUCAGGAUUCCACCUUCUUCGAUAGCCGAGGCGGCUUUUACUUCCAAGAACUGGACUCCUCCGGGAACGAGAUCGGGCAGCCGAACUGGGUUGAUGUUAGCGUUGUCGACUGGUUCAAAAAGACCAACGCAGAGUUCAUCCAGAAGUACCAGAAGAAUAUCCCAUCGCUUGUUUUCGUGCAUAUCCCGACGAAUGCGUCGCUCGCCGCACAAACGGAGGUCGGAAUCAACCCGCAUCGUGAACCGGGAAUCAACGAUGACUAUACCCUCGCGCAACAAGGUCAGGGAUGGUGUGCCGACGGUAGUGAUGCCAGCUCGUGCACCUACGGUGGCCAGGACGUGCCGUUCAUGGAAGCCCUUGUCAACACGCCCGGUGUUCUUGCGGUGUUUUCAGGUCAUGAUCAUGGCGAUACGUGGUGCUACAAGUGGGAUAGCUUGAUUUCUGGAAUGAAUGUCAAGGGCAACGGUGUCAAUCUUUGCUUUGGACAGCACUCUGGGUAUGGAGGGUACGGAAGCUGGAUUCGCGGGUCUCGACAGGUCCUCGUGACGGAGGCCAAAUUGAAGAACAAAGUGAUCGACUCCUGGAUUCGACUGGAAUCAGGACAUGUCGUGGGAGCUGUUUCGCUGAAUCCGACAUACGGAGAGGACAGUUAUCCAGAGACUCCGGAUCUUUUGUCUUCUUGUCCCACGUGCAACUAUACCCUUGCGAGUAAGUAG